AUGUCUUUCAACGAGAAGUUUCAGGCUGGUGAGGCAUACGGGUCGUCGCAGAAUGACUCGACCGACUUCCUCAGUGAUCCCAUUGCUUUAGCCACACAGCUUGUGAAGGAUUACGCAGGGGUUCGCAGCCAGGUGACCCCGAUAGAGUUAGCGUCUCUACUCAAGAGCAUGCUCCUUGAAAAGGGCAAGCCGAUUGAUGAUAAGAAAGGGACCUCCGAGCUUUUGAUUGGGAUUCUUACAGCGCUGCCCUCUACUGCUAAGAUUCGAACACAGCUCACGAACAAACUGAUCGAUACGCUUUGGGAUACCCUCCAACAUCCGCCGCUCACCUACGUUGGCGGGAAUGUCAAGUAUGAGGUGGUGAAUCCUCAAAACACCUCUGCGAUAGCCGGUGCCCCGGAUUACGACACCAUCGAAUUUCAGGUGCCCGGGACCAGUGUUACACUUCGCGAAAAGAUCCCCAAGCUCCGGAUGGCAUGCACCAUCAGGGCCGACAAGGCCCUUCACGGAGCCAAGCCGGAUGCUAGCCUCCUCUUCGACUUGCUCAUGGCUCGAGACGACGUAAACUUCAAGGACAACGAAGCAGGCAUCUCGUCGAUGUUCUUCUACCAUGCUUCGAUCAUCAUCCAUGACAUUUUCAGAACAAGCCGUACCGACAUGAACAAGUCGGACACCUCGUCCUAUCUUGACCUCGCGCCUCUGUACGGCUCGUCCCUCAAAGACCAGCUUGAGAUUCGCACGAUGAAGGAGGGCCGGCUCAAACCUGACACCUUUCACGAGAAGCGUCUGUUGGGACAGCCGGCUGGUGUGAACGUCAUGCUGGUGCUAUACAGCAGGUUCCACAACUAUGUUGCCGAUAUAUUGCUCAAGAUCAAUGAGAAUGGCCGAUUUACCUUAGCAUGCGGCCCUGAGGCGAGUGAAGAAGAUCGUGCGCGUGCUCUAGCUAAGCAGGACCAUGAUCUUUUAAUACGGCUCGCCUUAUUGUCGGUCAGCGUUGAGUUUAACCUGCUCUAUCGAUUCCACUCUUGCAUCUCUAAGAAAGACGAGCGAUGGAUCAACGACUUUUUCCUCAAACUGUUCCCAAACCGCACAGCCGAAAAUCUGGAUCAGGUUAGCAUGAGGGAGCUCGGUGAGGCUCUGCAAGACUUUGAGAAGGGCAUUCCCAAGGAUCCGAGCCAACGGACCUUUGAUGGCCUCAAACGUCAGGCUGACGGCACCUUUAAGAAUGAUGACCUUGUGAAUAUCCUAAAGGAGGCCAUGGAAGAUCCGGCGGGUGUGUUUGGCUCCCGCACAAUUCCCAAAGCCCUUAAAAUUGUCGAGGUCCUCGCUAUCAAUCAAGCCCGUAGGUGGCAAGUGGGGUCACUUAACGAGUUCCGCACCUUCUUUGGGCUCAAGAGGCACGAGAAAUUCACGGAUAUUAACAAGAACCCUGAGAUUGCGGAUAUCCUUGAGAGACUGUACACCGAUCCGGACAUGGUCGAGCUUUACCCUGGCCUUAUGAUUGAGAACUUCAAGCCCGUUCGCAGCGCCGGAAGUGGCAUUUGCCCUACCUAUUCGCUCGGCCGAGCUGUCCUCUCAGACGCGAUUACCCUUGUGCGAUCUGACAGGGGGUCCAUGCUAUACAAACUUAUCCAGCGUGGCCUUCCAGGCUGGUUCCCGUUCAACUCCGUCGCCGUCAUGCAGCCCAUGUACACUAAAAAGGCGAAUAUACAGAUCGCUAAGAAGCUGGGGACCAUUGACCAGUUCACCGUUGAUGAUCCAAAGCCACCAAAGCAACCUAUCAUCGUGACUUCGAAUGCGACGGCUAAGAAAGCCUUGUCAAACCCUGAUACCUUCGCUGCCCCAUGGCUCGCGGGAAUCAAUGCUCUAUUUCCUGGAAAGAAGGACUAUAGUUGGUUCAUGCUUUCUGCCCUGCACAAAUUCAUUGACAAUGUCGGGGCCAAGCUCAUCGAGAAGGAGACGUUCAAGCUCUCUCAAGGGCUCCACCAGAUUGACAUUAUCCGUGACGUUGCUAUUCCACUUAAUACGCAACUGCUCGCCGAUUUGUUCUACUUCGAUCUGCGGACAGAUGAAAAUCCGGAUGGCCAAUUUGGCACGGCCGAGUUAUAUAGACAUCUACUGAAUAUCCGUAUCUGGGGCGUGAACAACACCGAUCCUGCACAGGCAUGGACACGCCGCCGUCGGGCCCAGGAGGGCGUGAAGGCGAUUUCCGAAUCUACACGUCGGCUCGUCAAUGAGGUGACUACUAGCAAGGGUUUUGGUUUCGGAAUCGCAACUACCAUCUCGAAUCUAGUUGGGUCUAGGCAGCAUAUCAAGAAGGAUUCGUUGCGAUGGUGUGGACUCAAGCUCGUGGAAAACCUGUUAGCUCAAGGAGACUCUGCUGAUAGAGUUGUUGAUAACCUGUGGCUGACCUCGUUCGGAGGGACUGGUGUGCCCAUCACAGCAUUUUACGAGGUACUCGAUUUCUUCUUGAAGAAGGAGAAUGCCACCAUCUGGGCACAGGUACAGAACUUUGCUGCGAAGAGCGACACAGCUAACAUCCAUGCCUAUGUCAUCGAAGCUCUACGUCUCACUAGCAACCAGCGGAACGUCCGUGUGGCUAUUAAGCAAACGGAGAUCGAUGGGAAAGUUAUCCAACCUGGUACACCAGUCGUCUUCCUUAUGGGUGAGGCUGGACGUAACCCGGCUGAAGUUAGUGAUGCCACCAAAUUCGACCCAAAGCGCAAGGUGGAGGCUAUAUCGCCUUUCAGCCACGGGCAGCAUGAGUGUUUUGCCAAGGACAUUGCACUCUCGUUCAUUACCGGGCUCAUUAAGCUGGUUGCCGGCCUCAAAGACCUCCGCCCUGCUCAGGCUUGGAAGCUGCACUUCUGCGGCAAGGGAACAGGUAACUUCCAGGGAGAUAAUGCGCCAAAUAGGCCGAUUGACCUCCAGCAGUAUUACUAUCUCAUUCAGAAACGAAAGGGUGCUUGA